UCUACUUUACAACUUUUCACUAAACUUAUUCUUCUUAUAUCCGCCUUAUAAAUCCGGUUUUGCAUAUUUUCAUGUGACACUGGGAAAAAAGAAGGAUGAGACAUGUGACAGAUACACGAAAGGGUGGAGCGAUAAGGAGAUGGAGAUGAAAGUGAGACCUCAGUGAGCAGGUGUGAAUGUGUGCACAUUAGAGACAGACAUAUCAUCAUCUACUUCAUCAUCCUCAUAAAGAAAACAACUGAUAUUCCAGCACGUGGAAGCAAGGAAGACAGACAGCCCAAUGCAGCUUUAAAGUGUGGAUGGUUAAAAGGUUCCAAUGGAUGCUCAGACUGAAAAUGAAAGAGGUGAGCAAAAGGAGACGGCAGUCAGGCAGAGCAGGUCUCUGCUCUCCCCACAGCUUAAAGCCAUGAUCCAAAUCAAGAAGAAAUACCUGAAGAAACAUCAUACGGAUCACGGCUCUACCUCAGCCAGGCUGGGCCUGAACGGCUCAAACUGCAUGAUCUCAGAUGGCCAACCUAAGAGGCCUAAGAGGAAAACCAAGCGUCGUGUGCUGUUCCCUAAUGACACUCUCAUGUUCAAGCCGAAGAAGGAACGCAACCGAUCGAAACAUUUCCUGAUCUUCUUCUGCAUCAUCAUCUUCCUCCAGGUCUACAACGCCAUCUUGGAGGAUGAUACUUUGAAAUACGACCUUGAAGGUUUGGAGAAGACAUUACACAGGGAGGUGUUCGGUCAGCGGGAGGUGCUAGAGGAGCUAAUGGACCACCUGGUAGAUUACCUGUCCACCUACAACCACCAGCAACCCCUCGCCCUGUCUCUACACGGGCCGUCUGGCGUGGGGAAAACCCACCUGGGUCGCCUGUUCGCUCGCCACUUCCGUUCCGUGAUAGGCGACAAGCUGGUGGUGCAGUAUUUUUCCAAGCACCACUGCCCCCUGCAGGAAGCAGCGCAGCAUUGCGCCUCCAAACUGGUCAAGCGCAUAGCCGAGGUAGUGACUCUAGCCGAGGAAGAAGAGCAAAUUCCGUUCUUCAUCCUAGAUGAGGUGGAACUAAUGCAGCCUCCGCUGCUGGACGCUCUGAAGUCCUUUCUUAAACCAGAUCAGAAGAAUGAGUUUCUUAACGUGGUUUAUGUUUUUCUAAGCAGCCUGGGCCAAAGGGAAAUAACAGCUCACGUCCUGCAAAACGGCUCGAUCGCUGGAGCUCAUAAAUCGCUUCGGCGUGCCCUGUCUGGAAUCCAUCCUCUGUGGAAGGACCCCGCGGUGAAGGUUGUUCCUCUGUCUCUACUGGAGCGUGAGCAUGUGAUCCUUUGCUUUUUGGAGGAAAUGACGCUCGAGGGGUUUUAUCCCGACAUCACUCAGGUAGAGACACUGGCGGAUGAACUGGCCUAUCACACAGCGGCUGGAAAGCUGUAUGCGAAGACCGGAUGCAAACAAGUUGUGGCAAAGGUUAACUUGCUUUAAACGAAAUCCACUUCAUAGUGAAGCGAGUUAAGGAUGUGAGCAUUUCUGUCAUACAGUACAUUUUUGUUUUUUUACAUCUUACAGGAAA